GUUUAUAAUUUCUCUUCUAUAUCAUUAGUAACAGUGAAUAUUUUCAUAUCUGGAAUAAGCUCUUUUGCUAAAACCCACCACAACUGUCGUGUUUGUGAAGUGCGGCCAUAUGCUCAGGGUACGCACCAUAUACACCAUCAGAGAUUUAUAAUAGUGUUGCUCCACCAAAAAACAGAUGCAAAAAACUAUCUGAUUUAUUCUUUCUCGUCCCAAAAAUAUUGGACUUAAAGCGCUCCCUGUAUGAACUUUUUCACUACCCCGUUUUUUUUAUGUUUUUCUAGUGUUAAUGUUUGCUGUAUUGGUUGCUGGAAGACCAGUACAAACAAGUUUUAAUAUAGUAUCAGAGUCCCAGUUUCUUCUGGAUUUACUACCCUUAAAUGAUGUGAAUCAUAUUGUCGUGUUUCUAACAGGGGAAACUGUCUUCCCACCAAAUAUGGGUGGUGGGGUUUAUCUAGGGAUCCAGGAAAAUGGGGUUCCUAACUGGCACUUUCUUGGUGUUCUAACGAACGAGAAGCCUAGCGCGAUAUAUAAAGUUGGCAAACUUGCCAAAAAUUCACAACUUCAAAAUGUUGUACAACCAUUUGGUACUAAUACCUCUUUUCAAUGCUCAAAUGGAGUUGUACCUGCUCAGAUUGGAAUUUCUGUUGAUCUUUUAACAAAUCUGCCACAACAAACAGAAGAAAUCACUCCAGAAUCUACUGAUAAGAUGACUCAAUUCACUCGAUUCGCAGCUGAAAGUUUAUUCAAUUAUGUUGCUAGUUUUGCACGUGAUAAUUCAACAUCUGAUCCUCUUGUACCAAUGUCCGCAAUUAAAAGAUGGUUUGAUACAAUGUUACAGAAACUCUCUCUAGAUUCAUCGUUUUGGCGAAAGUGAAUAACUCUAUGCAUUACCAUUGAUUUUUUAACACUGAAAAGUUGCUUACAAAUAGUUUAUUUUACUAUGCCUUGUUCCGACUAACUUAUCCAUCAAAACAACGUAUAAAACAAUAUACUGUGUACAAAUUAUAAUUCUAACCCAGUAAUGAAAUAGCCUUUAGUUGGUUACCUUUUUAAUAGAUAUUAAUUAGUAAAUCAUUACUACUGAUUAAAGUUCCGAAGUGCUCACCGCUACACCACGAGGCCAUUAUUUAUUUAAACACAUGAAUAUUGGUACUAAGGGGCACCAG